AUGGAUUCAAAAUAUCACUUAGCUAUAGGAUGUGUUCUAAAAGAAUUGGAAUCUUUGGGGAAAGCACUGUAUGGAGCAAAAUUAAUUGCGCAAAGAUUUCAAGUUCGAAGCUGUUCUCACCUCAAGAAUCCUGUGAGCGGUUCGGCCUGUUUACUUUCCAUGAUUGAGGACGGCAAUCCUCAUCACUUUUUUGUUGCUACACAGGACCAGGAUUUAGCAAACAAAGUGAAAAAGAAGGCUGGCGUUCCUCUCCUCUUUAUUAUUCAGAACACUAUGGUGCUAGACAAACCUUCACCUAAAUCUUUGGCAUUUGUUCAGAUGUUGCAGACCAAUCAACUUGUCCCAGAGCACCAAAAACAGAGUAUUGUGCAACUUAAAGAAAAGGAGGGACUAACAAAGCAAGUAGGUGAAAAGAGAAGAAAACGUAAAAGGGCAGGUGGCCCCAAUCCUCUCAGCUGUCUGAAGAAGAAAAAGAAAACACAGGAGAGCAAAGAGCCCUCUGCUGAAAAGAAGAAAAGAAAAAGAAAGCGAAAUAGGGUUAAAACAGAAGCCGUGCUAUCAGUGGACAAGAAAGAAGAACAAAUCUGUCUCUGAAAUCAAUACAGGACUUGAAAACCAUUGCUUGAAAUUUGUAAAAAGAAAGGUUAAUCUGCAAUAAUGUGAAAUUAAGUUAUUAAUAUUAAAACUUAUUUUUAUGAGGUG